CAGUCGCAGAGUGAUGACAAAACCUUCGAAAAAUGGAGAGAAAACACAUGUCAGCUUUUGCUUUGUACCAGUCGCUGUCUGCAGAAUUACCUCCUCCUGCUAAGAAGCCUUCCCUGCAGGUAGCAGCCAAGAAGAAAAAGAAAAAGGAAAAUGGGGUUGCAACAAUUAAAGUCCAAACAGCUAAAGCACAAGUUAAGGGUGACAAUAAGAAAAAGAAGCUCAUGAAAUCUGUGCAAAGAGAGGAGGAGGAGGAGGAGUGUGUAAAUGGAGCUGAGACACUAGAUGUUUUACUGGCUGAACUGGCAGAAGUCAACAACAGCCGGGAGAGAGCAAGCAAACUGUUUCAGUGGCUUAUCAGUCCAAUUCCUGCCAAGGCUUUCUUCAGGGAAACAUGGGAAAAGAAGCCCAUUAUUGUUCAACGUAAGAAUCCAAAUUACUACAAGGGAUUAUUCUCCACAGCAGAGUUUGAUCGCAUAUUAAGACAGGAGGAUGUUCAGUAUGGAGUUAAUCUUGAUGUCACAAGCUACACUAAUGGCAAAAGGGAGACUCACAAUCCUCCAGGGAGAGCCCUGCCUUUCACUGUGUGGGAUUUCUAUGAGAGUGGCUGCUCCCUCCGCAUGCUGAAUCCUCAGGCUUUCUCCUCCACAGUGUGGAAUGUGCUGUCCAUCCUUCAAGAGCAGUUUGGCAGCAUGGCUGGAGCCAACGUAUACCUGACUCCACCUGGAACACAAGGCUUCGCUCCACAUUAUGAUGACAUUGAGGCAUUUGUGGUUCAGCUGGAAGGCAAAAAACACUGGAGAGUGUACAACCCCAGGACAGAGGACGAGGUUCUGCCUGUGCUCUCAAGUCCAAACUUCAAUCAGGCAGAAAUCGGAAAGCCUAUCCUGGAGGUGGUGCUGGAAGCUGGUGAUCUCCUCUACUUUCCCAGAGGAUUCAUCCAUCAGGGUGACUGCCUCCCAGAUGUUCACUCCCUGCACAUCACCAUCUCCUCCUACCAGAAAAACAGCUGGGGGGAUCUGCUUCUGAAGGUGGUUCCAGCAGCUUUGGAAAUCGCAAUGGAGGAAGAUGUAGAGUACAGACAAGGAUUACCUCUGGACUAUCUUACUUACAUGGGAGUACAGAAUUCUGACAAGGAUGACCCACGCAGGGCGAAAUUCUUCUCACGGAUUGAGAGCCUGAUGAAGAAGCUCUCAAAUUACGCUCCAGUGGACGCUGCCGUGGAUCAGAAAGCUAGAGAUUUCCUCCAUGACUGCCUGCCUCCCAUGCUUACUUCAGAUGAACUGGCUACCAGUGUGCAAGGAGCAUCUGCUCGGUGGGAGCGUGGGCGAACUGUGGAUGUCGGUGCAAAGAUUACUGCCCAGACUAAAGUCAGAGUCCUACGUGCGGGGUGUACCAGGUUAUGCAGUGAUGGAGAUGCUGUUUGUCUUUACUACACUACAGACAACUCCAGAGUGUACCACAAAGAGGAGCUCAAGAGUUUGGAAGUAAAAUCAGAGCAUACAGAUGCCAUUGAGUUUCUGAUGCAUUCAUAUCCCAAAUUUGUGACAGUAGGAAGUUUUCCAUGCGAUUCAGCAGACGACCGGAUUGCUUUGGCUGAACUGCUCUUCGAAAGAGGGAUUAUCCACACUUCAGAACCCGUGUAGAGGCCACAUUUUCAGUCGAGAUGGGUACAUCAAUGGAUUCAGAUGACCUUUGUACAAAAAAUACGUUUACUGCAAGCCAUUUCUCAUCCGAGACAUACUUCAGUGGCUGUACUGAAAAGAGCAGGCUGAACAAUCCAUUUAAAAACGUUCCUUCCUGCUCACCAUCAAAUAAACCAGAUUUUUCUUAGAAAUUGGAA